GCGUGGUUGAGCUGUAGUGGGGCGGGAGGCGGGAAAGCUACGUUCGCCCAGCCGGAGCCUCGGAACCCCACGGAGACCCUGCGCCACCCUCCAGCGGCAAUGACGGCCACCAAGAGCGCGUCCAACGGGGACAUCGGGCCGGCGGCGCAGGCGGCGGUGAUGCCCGGGCGAGGCGCCCGCUGCUCCCGCGUGCGGGGCUGCCUGCGGGCCAACCUGCUGGUGCUGCUGACCGUGGCCGGCGUGGUGGCCGGCGUGGCGCUGGGGCUGGCGGUGCGGCGGCCGGGCGGGCUGGGCCCCGCGCAGAUGCAGCUCUUCGCCUUCCCGGGGGAGCUGCUGCUGCGCCUGCUGAAGAUGAUCAUCCUGCCGCUGGUGGUCUGCAGCCUGGUGGCCGGCGCGGCCAGCCUCGACCCCGCCGCCCUGGGCCGGCUGGGCGGCUGGGCGCUGCUCUUCUUCCUGCUGACCACGCUGCUGGCCUCCUCCAUCGGCGUGGCCCUGGCCUUCGCCAUCCGGCCCGGCGCCGGCACCACCGGCCUCACUAACUACGGCGACUCGGCCGGCGUGCCCCAGUCCAAGGAUGUGGUCGACUCCUUCCUCGACCUGGUCAGAAACAUUUUCCCUUCCAACUUGGUGUCCGCUGCAUUCCGAUCGUACUCAACCGGCUAUGAAACGAAGAACCGCACAGAUCUCGUCAUUGGGACAGCAGUUCUGAAUGAAACCAAAUCCAUGAAUGAGACAAUAUUGGUGCCCAGGGGCGAAGAGGUGGAGGGCAUGAACAUCCUCGGCCUGGUGGUCUUCGCCAUCGUCUUCGGAGUCGCCUUGCGGAAACUUGGGCCCGAAGGGGAGAACCUGAUCAAGUUCUUCAACUCCUUCAAUGAAGCCACCAUGAUCCUGGUUUCUUGGAUUAUGUGGUACGCCCCCGUGGGUAUCAUGUUUCUGGUGGCCGGCAAGAUUGUGGAGAUGGAAGACGUCGUCCUGCUCUUCACCAGCCUGGGCAAAUACAUCUGCUGCUGUCUGGUGGGUCACGCCAUCCACGGGCUGCUGGUUCUCCCGGGGAUCUACUUCGUCUUCACCCGCCGGAACCCCUACCGCUUCCUGUGGGGGAUCUUCACCCCCUUGGCCACAGCCUUUGGGACCUCCUCCAGCUCCGCCACGUUGCCCCUGAUGAUGAAGUGCGUGGAGGAGAACAAUGGAGUCUCCAAGCACAUCAGCCGUUUCAUCCUCCCCAUCGGGGCCACGGUCAACAUGGAUGGGGCGGCUCUCUUCCAGUGCGUGGCGGCCGUCUUCAUCGCCCAGCUCAACAACGUCUCACUCAACUUCGUCCAAGUCAUCACGAUCCUCAUCACGGCCACAGCCUCCAGCGUCGGAGCAGCUGGGAUUCCCGCAGGAGGGGUCCUCACCCUGGCCAUCAUCCUGGAGGCUAUCAGCUUGCCCACCAACAACAUCUCGCUCAUCCUGGCGGUGGAUUGGCUGGUAGACCGGACGUGUACUGUCCUGAACGUGGAGGGCGAUGCCUUCGGCGCGGGGCUCCUACAGGUGUACUCGGAGAAGAAAAUGGGCAGGACGGAGGACGAUGACCUGGUGGAGGUUAAGACGCUGGCCGUGGAGGCCAGCAAGCCCAAGUGGGUAGAGGAGGGGUCCCCGCUGAUUAAGCAGAACGGCCCAACCCAUUUGGAGGAUAGCAAACCUUGCGAAAAAGAAUCCGUGAUGUGACUGAACUACUCCAAAGCCGAACUUUAGAACUUUUCUCCAAAAAAAGAACUUUAAAAGACAUAAUUUUUCCUUUUUUUCAAGAUCAGAAUUUCCCAUCCAGGGGGAGAUUUAAUGACCAGGAGGUUUUUUUUGUCUACCAAGAAUCUGUUUAAAACACAGCCUUUCUCCCCCCCCCCCCCCCGCCAUUGUUUCUUCUUUGAACUUCACGCAUUUCGUACCUUUGGAAAGUUCAAUGCCAACGAACGCCGUAGGAUCAUCGCUCCAUUUUUCCCAAAAUUUUCUCCGUAGUUCUGGUGGCGCUUAAGAAAACGUCCAGUGUGCAAGGCGAGAAGUUCUCUUUGGCGACCUACAGUUAAAAAGGGGGGGGGGGAAAUAAUCAUCGUAGGAAUUGACGUAUCGAGAUCACUCAAUCAUCCUUUUGUUUUUUCUUCUCUUUUGUGUGCAAUUUUCUCUGCAUUUAUUUUUAUAUAUUUUGGACCAAGCCAGCAGAAAGAGUCUUUAGUCUUAUCAUUUUUUUUUUCUUGUUUGUUUCCCUUCCAUUCUUUACUUGACGUUCUCUGGCCUGUUAAGCCAGAAGGACAAGAAACGCACCAGGUUAAAUCUUAACUGCGUGGGGUUUUUUUUUUUUUUUUU